AUGGACGUCGACCUUGCCGACGAGACUUCGCAACGAACACACUUCAAUGGAGCGGUUCCAUUAGAACGCCCCCGAACAGAAUUGACGAAGACCAACCGCGAUGCCGCGCAAUUACAACGGAGGAAAGAAGCAGAGAAGGCAUAUGGCAGAGGGCGAAAGAUACAAGUUAAGGGAGUAAGAGACAAGAAGUUGAGGGGGAAUCUAAAGUCUCUGGAAAACAAAUAUAAAGAUGCUACCAUAAAAUUGAAGGACUCUGAAAUCCUCCACGAGAAUACUGAAGGUUUCCUUGAACCGGAAAACGAACUUGAGCGGACAUACAAAGUUCGCCAGGACGACAUACUACCAGAUGUAGCUGUAGAGACUGCGAAGAAAAAGUUUGAUCUGAAGCUCGAUGCAUUGGGGCCGUACGUUUGUGACUAUACAAGAAACGGGAGAGAGCUUCUAUUAGCGGGGAGGAAGGGCCAUAUCGCGACUAUGGAUUGGAGAGAAGGAAAGCUGGGUUGCGAAUUACAGCUUGGAGAAACAGUACGAGAUGCCAAGUGGCUUCACAAUAACCAGAUGUUUGCCGUCGCGCAAAAAAAGUAUGUUUACAUGUACGACCGAGCGGGAGUGGAGAUACAUUGUUUGAAAAAACACAUCGAAGUUACGAAUAUGGAGUUUCUGCCGUAUCAUUAUCUUCUAGCAACUGUGGGAAAUGCGGGAUAUUUGAAGUACCAGGAUGUCUCCACUGGCCAGAUGGUCAUCGAGUUGCCAACCAAGCUAGGCUCACCCACAUCUCUUACGCAGAAUCCUCAGAAUGCUGUUCUUCAUAUGGGGCAUCAAAAUGGUACAGUCACGUUAUGGUCACCAAAUUCAACAACACCGUUGGUCAAGCUCCUUGCACAUCGUGGCCCGGUACGUGGAUUGGCUGUUGACCGGGAAGGUCGAUACAUGGUAUCUACAGGACAGGAUCUGAAGAUGUCUGUCUGGGAUAUUCGUAUGUUCAAGGAGGUGAAUACCUAUUUUACGAGGACGCCAGCAUCCUCAGUCGCAAUAUCUGACCGAGGCCUGACGGCUGUCGGGUGGGGAACUCAAACUUCUAUUUGGAGAGGAUUGUUCACGAAGCAUUCUCUUGAGCAAGAAAAGAUCCAAAGUCCAUACAUGGCCUGGGGUGGGGAAGGAAAGAGAAUAGAAAGAGUGAAGUGGUGUCCUUUCGAAGAUCUGUUAGGCGUCUCCCACAACGAAGGCUUCUCAUCUAUCAUCGUUCCCGGAGCCGGAGAACCCAACUUCGAUGCCCUGGAGGUCAAUCCAUACGAAAACACAAAGCAGCGACAAGAAGCCGAAGUGAAAUCGCUCCUUAAUAAGUUGCAGCCAGAAAUGAUUUCUCUGAACCCCGAAUAUAUUGGUAACCUAGAUCUUUUAUCUGCUGAGCAGAGGAAAGCCGAGAAGGAUCUGGACAAGAAGCCGGUGGAUCCAAUCGCGGACAUCAAAAAUCGUGGGCGCGGAAAGAAUAGUUCUCUGAGGAAAUACCUCAGGAAGAAGGGUUCGAGGAAUAUCAUUGAUGAGCGGAGAUUAAAGAUUGAGGAGUUAAGAAAGAGUCAGAGCGAGAAGCAGAAGCUGAAGAUAAAGCAAGCAGAGCAGGAAUUAGGACCUGCAUUAGGCAGAUUUGCGAGGAAGGGGGCUUGA